UAACUAUUAAUGUCUUAUUAUGCUUUGAAACACGUGUUAUAACCGUCCAUACAUGUAAUGUAACCUACAAAUAACAAAAAAGAAAUUUAAUUAGUUACCAUAUUUGAUAUUUAUUCCUCUAUUAAAACCCUAAUACCACAUUCUCUAUGAAAUUUGUGAAUAAAUAGUACCACAAAGUGAACUAAAGAAGAGCACAAAGCAUUAUUUGGGAUAUGGUGUCUCCCAUUUUGGCACACUAGUUAGCUAGUUUCUCACAUAACUCUUGUUUUUAUUUUCUUUUUCAGCUCAACAAGCUAAAACUAUGACCAGAAAGAAGGUGAAGUUGGCUUACAUCAACAAUGACACCGCUCGAAAAGCCACUUAUAAGAAGAGAAAGACAGGUCUGAUAAAGAAGGUGAGUGAGCUUAGUACAUUGUGCGGUGUAGAUGUGUGUGCAAUCAUCUAUAGUCCAUUCAACACUCAGCCUGAGGUGUACCCAUCUUUACCAGGGGUACAAUGUAUAGUGGAAAAGUUCAAGAAGAUGCCUGAGAUCGAGCAGAGCAAGAAGAUGAUGAACCAAGAAGUUUUCCUGAAGCAAAAAAUUGGCAAGGUGAGCGAGCAGAUGAAGAAGAUGAAGAAAGAGAAUCGCGACGAAGAGAUGAAUCGACUCUUGUAUGGCAAUCUCUCUGGUAAGAUGAACCUUCAAGGCUUGACUGUUACAGAUUUGAAUGAUCUCAGCUCGCUCAUUGAUCAAAAUUUGAAGGAUAUUAAUAAGAGAAUGGAAAAAAUAGCCAAGGAAACUAAGAUUGCUCGAAUGACGACAGAUGCUGCAGCAACACCAAAUGGGAAAGUGAAAGCUAAUGUGGCUGCUUUUGCUACUACUUCGACGACAGAUAACAAUGGUCGUGGCAGGGGCAUGCAAAAGAGGGGAGACUCAAACACCCGAAAUCAAGCUAAUAGUAACAAUAACAAUAAAUCGAUGAAGUUUGGGGGAAGGGAUGAGAUUUUUCCAUUGAGGAACAACAACAACAACAUGAACUUUAACUAAAUAUUAUCUAAUCGUGGCGAUUAUUUUGUGUUUAUGAGUUAUUGUGUUAGUUUGGUGUUUCCUUUUAUUCUCUUGUUGUUGAAGUUGGUUAAAAUUAUUUUUAUGUUGUUUUAAUUAAUGUUCGUAUUAUGUAGUUUUUAUUUCAAUGAAGUUUUGAGUUUUUAUUUUUUAUUUUCUUAUGUUGUUCUUUAAAAAUAAUUGGGGUUUCGUUUAGAUUGUUUGGUUUUAUUAUUUUAUUAUAAUUUUUUAUAUAUAUUUAAUAUAUUUCAUGAAAUUAUAUUUAAUCACAAAGCUAUUGUAAACAUAAAUAAAAGGGUAAAUACUAUUUUGAACCCUGUGUUUUAUGAAAGUUAUUAAUUGAAUCAUUUGUUUUGUUAAAUGAUAAAAUAGACCCUGUAUUUUCUAAAAUUGUACAAAUAAGACCUUGAACUGAUUUCUUAUCAAAAUAAAACUUAAUAAUAAUUCAAUCUAGAGAUGUUAUGACAAAACUGGUUACAUUUUCUGUAUCUGUUCGUGUUAGAAAUUGUCUUAAAGUUGGUUAUAUUAAAAAAUAAAAUUGUUGAAAAUUUAGCUCAGGGUCCUAUUUUUAGCAUUUUAGAAAAUAUGGGUCUAUUUUGUCAUUUAACAAAAUAGAAAAUUCAAUUAAUAAUUUUUACAAAACAAAUGAUGUAAAAUGGUAUUUACCAUAAAUAAAAUUCACUGAAUGAAAAAAGAAUAUUCAAUUUUAUAUUGAUC